AUGGCGUCCCAGACAAACACCCCUAAGCCUCAGGCUAUGCCCACAUUCUCCGAGUCUCUAUUAUCCACUAUCAUGGUCCUUUUCAAUACCCCUCUAGUACCCCCGCCGUCUCCGAAACAGGAAGCAGUCGCGCUGACCGAGAUACCCCUAUCGACUCGACAGCGGCGCGAGGAGCGCAGGCGCUCUACGGUCAGCACGGUCGAGAGCGAAAACUCGGUUUCAACUGUGUCCAGCUAUCCUCAGUCGGAUAUGACGUCAGACUCUAGCAACUCGAACGACGAGGACGUCGACAUCGUCGGCAGUCCCGUGCUGAUUUCUGGCCGCACGACGCCCAUCAUGGGCAACUCCAUGUGGGCGUCAGCUACGGAGGCUGAGACGAAGACGGGGGCAACUCCGGUGUCGUCGCGCGAACUGGACAACUCCCCGAGGCACAAUAUCCUGUCGCGCUCUCCGGACUCUUCCUCUUCUGUUCUCAAUCUGAUACCAGACACGCAUGGUUCUGGUUUGCGCUCGGAAGCCCACGCCUCCACAUCACAAUUGAGUCGCCCCACCUCGACCCAGACAGGCAUAGGAACUUCACGGAUGAAGGAAAGGGCCUCUGCAGACUCGGCAAGAUUGGCAGAACUGGAUGUAGCGCUGGAUGUGGAUAGUGAGAGCUUGAAGCCGAGUUUCAUGAGACAGAUGGGCAUCAUAGAGGGCAAUCGGAGCGUCGAGCAAGGGGGAAGUAGAGAGGUGGAGGAUACAUCGGUCAACAGCGAGACGUUUUCACCACCGGUGCGGAGGCAGUCGACAGGAAGGAGCGGGAGCAAGAAGAGGGAAAGCCAAGGCGAGAGUAUCAGCAAUCAUACCCCAGAAUCAACAGCGUCUCACUCAACAGCAUCCCACCAGGACAUAACGCGCCCGCGUCUCCUUGAAUGGCUUUUCACUCCCGUACUCGUACUCGAGAAUACGGGAAGCGUCGCGCGGGAUCACCUCGCGUCAGAACGUACCUUCCUCGCGUAUGUCCGGACCAGCCUCGCAUUCGCCAGCGCCGGUGUUGCACUCGUGCAGCUAUUCACUCUCAUGAUGUCGAAUUCAGGCGCUAGUGCCUCGUCCACCUCGUCUGCGGCGAAGAUGGUGCGCUUUGCGCGCUCGCUGGGCGCGACCGUGAUCCUUAUCGGCAUGGUGCUCCUCAUCGUCGGCACGGCGCGUUACUUUCGCGUCCAAUCUGCUCUCAUGCGUGGGCUGUUCCCCGCUGCGCGCCUCUCCGUCGCGUUCCACGCUCUCGCAGUGUGCGCGAUCGUCGUUGCAGUUUUCGUGGGUGUCCUGAAUGUGAAGCAGGGUUGA